UACUCUUUGAUGUGAUUGACGUUCCAAUCCAAGAUGGCAGACAGGCCGUUUGAGCCGUGAUAGUACGGGAUUGUAGGAGUGCAAUUUCUAGGUGUGUCAUUCUAAAUAUUGAACUAGAAUGUCUCCCGAAUUCUUGACUAAAAUCUUGUACGAAUAUUCUGACAAUGUGAAACUACGUCCUCGCGUAUCGUGCGCUAGGUUUAGGUAACGUUUGUGCCGGGACAUAUGUAAAACGGUGAUCGAAUUGUGUUAUUCGGUGUGUCGUGUACGCGAUUUAUUCUGGUUUAAUGGUAAAUUAAAAUGUGGAAUAUGAUGUGCGACGUGAUGCCCACUAUAUCGGAAGACAGUAUCAGCCAGAGGAGUUCGCAGUUUUCUGGCGAAGAUGCGAAUUUCGAGCAGCUUAUGGUGUCUAUGCUCGAUGAGAGGGAUAAGUUGGUGGAGAGUCUCCGGGAGACGCAGGAGCGGCUCGGGGACUCGGAGCUCCGCCUGAAGGAGGUGGAGAAGGAGCGGGACUCGUUGCAUCGGCAGAUUGCAGCGAACUUGCCUCAGGAGUUUGCCACGCUCACGAAGGAGCUCAACCAAGCACGGGAGCAGCUGUUAGAGCGAGAGGAGGAGAUCUCAGAGCUCAAGGCGGAGAGAAACAACACAAGGCUACUACUCGAGCACCUAGAAUGCCUAGUGUCUCGCCACGAGCGCUCAUUGCGCAUGACCGUAGUCAAGCGGCAGGCGGCGGCCCAAUCAGGAGUCUCCUCCGAGGUAGAGGUCCUCAAGGCCCUCAAGAGCCUCUUCGAGCACCACAAGGCGUUGGACGAGAAGGUCCGGGAACGGUUACGAGUAGCGUUAGAAAGGAACACAGCAUUAGAAGAAGAACUAGCGUUAACCAAAGAAGAACUGCAACAGUACAAAUCGGGUUCUGACUCGGAGCGACCGAAGGAGAACGGUGCAGUCAGCACCGGCUCGCCCGACGGCGAGCAACUCCAAACUAAGGAGGGUAGCGUUAACGGAGACGACAGGAAAACGACCGAGCUGCAAAACACGAUCGCCAAGCAGUCGGCAGAGCUGAGCUCCUGGCAGCGGCGCGUGGCGGAGUUGAACAACAAAGUCAGCGAGCUGGAGGAGCGGUUGGCCAAGGGAGAAAAGGAGUUGGCCAAGAAACAGGAGGAGUGCGUCAAGCUCCAGCGGGACUUGCGGGAGAACGGCGCGCAGAAGGAGGACCAGGAGGAGCGGAUAGCGACCCUGGAGAAGAGGUACCUGAACGCGCAGCGCGAGUCCACGUCUCUGCACGACCUCAACGAGAAGCUCGAGCAGGAGCUGCAGCACAAGCAGGCUCAACUCAAGCUCCAAGAGGAGAAGAUCGCCGCCAUCGAGGAGAAGCUGGAACUGUCGUCGCAGAAGUUGGCGCAGAUGUCCUCGCUGCCCGAGAUGGAGGAGCAGCUCAAGGCGCGCAUGGAGGCGCUCAGCCAGGCCCAAGAACGGCACGGGUCCGCCGAAGACCGUAUCCAGCGGUUGGAGGCUAGCGUCGAAGAGAAGAACGCAGAGCUGAUGAGGCUGAACCAACGGUUGAGGAUGAACGAGGAGCAUAAUACACGGCUCAGUGCAACGGUUGAUAAGCUGCUUUCUGAGUCUAAUGAUAGGUUACAAGUACACCUUAAAGAGCGAAUGCACGCGCUAGACGAGAAGAACGGUCUGACGCAAGAACUGGAGAAGACGAGGAAGUACGCCGAGGAACUGGUGGCGGAGAAGCAGGAUAUCCUCAAGGAGCUGGCCAAGUGGCGCAUGGAGACUGAACAGCUAAAACGACAAAUGCUGCAACAAGAAAUAGCGUUCAACAUCCAGCAAACAGACGCCCUCACGAGGUCGCUCUCGCCGGGCGCGCCUCCGCAACCACCGCCUCAGGCUCUAUUCCAAACGAAGUUGGACGGGUCGUGGGAGAAGCUACAGCAAGCUCACGUGCUCGCCAACGUGCAGCAGGGCUUCGAUGUUUCCAGCGACGCAGAGAACGACGAAUCAGACGGCGGCGUCGAAGGCGGACACACAGACGCCGCGGCCCUCGCGCUGAUGCUGCAAGAACAGCUCGACGCCAUCAACACGGAGAUACGGCUGAUACAGGAGGAGAAGCAGAGCACCGAGGCCAGGGCCGAGGAGCUCGAGUCCCGGCAGGUGGGCAGCUACGAGCACAUGAACGUGUUGUCGCGGCGCGGCGAGUCGCCGCCGCCGGCCGCGUCGCCCUCGCGCCCGCACCUCGCGCCCGUGCACAAGUACCACACGUUACAGUUGUGCGAGGACGGCGUGGCGGCGGAGGGCGCCGAGUCGCCGCUGACGGCGCGCUCGCUGCGGCUCGAGCGGGCGGCGCGCGCGCUGCACGCCGAGCGGGACCGCCUGAGGACGCACUACCCCGCGCCGUAUGACUCCUCGAGCCAAGAGUCCCUCGGCGGGCUCGCGGCGUGGGGCGGCGCCUCGCCCGGCCUGCCGCGGGGCGUGGCGGCCGCGGCCUCGGCUGUUUCUAUCGCGUCGAUGCAUCAGCAGAAGAAACGCGGUAUCAAGAGCUCCUUAGGGAGGUUCUUUAGUAAAAAGGAGAAGGCUGGUAUGCCGAUGCAGCAAGGAGGGCAGCGCUCGCUGUCGUCCGCGUCUUCGUUAGGAUUGUCGUCGCUAGCCGACGACGCGCCCGACGCAGCUCCCGCGCCUCUAGUACAAGAUUACGCUCGCAAUAAGGGCAAAGACCGCGACUACCGACACGAGCUACUAGGCGAAGCCAUGCGCGCAGGCACGCCCUUCGCGCUGUGGAACGGGCCCACCGUGGUGGCGUGGCUGGAGCUGUGGGUGGGCAUGCCGGCCUGGUACGUGGCCGCCUGCCGCGCCAACGUCAAGAGCGGCGCCAUCAUGUCGGCGCUGUCCGACCAGGAGAUACAGCGGGAAAUUGGCAUCAGCAACCCCCUACACCGGCUCAAACUACGGCUCGCGAUCCAAGAGAUGGUGUCCCUCACAUCCCCGUCCGCGCCGAGAGGGACGGCAUGUGCGGCCCUAGCCUUUGGGGAUAUGAACCAUGAAUGGAUCGGCAACGUCUGGCUGCCGUCAUUAGGAUUACCUCAAUACCGCACGACGUUCAUGGAGUGUCUGGUGGACGCGAGGAUGCUCGAACACCUCACCAAGCGGGACCUCCGCACGCAGCUCAAGAUGGUCGACAGCUUCCAUAGAACAUCGCUACACUUCGGCGUGGCGUGCCUGAAGCGGGUCGGCUACAGCGUGCGCGCGCUGGAGGAGCGGCGGCGCGCGGCCGAGCACUGCAGCCGCGACGUGCUCGUGUGGAGCAACGAGCGGCUGCAGCGCUGGCUGCUCUCCAUCAACCUGAAGGAGUACGCCAACAACCUGGUGGAGAGCGGUGUGCACGGCGCGCUGAUCGCGCUGGACGACAACUUCGACGCCAACAGCAUGGCGCUCGCGCUGCAGAUACCCACGCAGAACACGCAGGCGCGGCAAAUUCUCGAAGUAGAAUUCGCGAACCUUCUCCAGAGCGGCACCGAGCGCGCCGCGCGCCUCGCGCACGACCACGCGCCCGCCUCCUGACACCUCGCCAUGGACUAGGCGCUGUCGCCCGCCACCGACCACUGUCGGCCACCACCGACCACUGUCGGCCGCCACCGACCACUGUCGGCCACCACCGACCACUGUCGGCCGCCACCGACCACUGUCGGCCGCCACCGACCACUGUCGGCCACCACCGACCACUGUCGGCCACCACCGAACACACAGAAAACCGGCAGCUACCGACAAAAACUGUGAAUAAACGUUUCAUUUCUUUUAUUUGACUGGUACAAAAGGCAAGUGAUACAUCGUUUUUUAUCUUCCAUAGACCUAUAUAUGGAUUUUUUAUUAUGUCCCGGCUUUAGACGUCGGCAUCGAGUGGUAACAUUCUGUAGUAAAAUCACCUCUAGAAUUACAUUUGUAAUGUAUACGACUUCAGUUUCUGUUUUAACAGUUUCGUGUGCGACAAUAUUUGUGAAAGAAACGAUUUCAGAGCUAAUAUAGUGGCGGAAAAAAUCAUAUUUUAUCAAAUUAUCACUCUAAGGACAUAUUUAAUCGUAUAAAUAAUAUUUGGUAUUCGAAAAUCAUUAUAAAUUUAAAAUAAUAUGUGGCCGCUCAUUCUACCUAGCUUACAUCCAUAAAUAUAAAAACUAGAGGUUACUUCCAAAUCGAGUACUUUCAUGAAUAUUCCUGUACAAUACUAUAGAUUUUAUUUAUUUUAACGCUAGUACAAAUUUCUCGAAAUAACAAUAAUGUAGACAUAAAUUCUUUCACUGACGUAUUUUUACACUACUUUUUACUGUAGAAUGUUGCCAACUUUUACAUCGUUGUUGAUACUUACAAUAAAAGUUGUCAUUACUGUUAUACAUAUACCUAACUAUUAAACCAGUUGUAGCGAAAUUAUGCUUUAUUAUAUAAUAUAUGAAUGCAGAAGUGCUCUGAUACCGUUAGAUUUACUAUGUACUUAACAUUUAUUCCGAUAUUUAUAAUAUUAAAAACAAAUAAAUAAAAUAUAUUAAAGUGGUUACGCGAGCGUCAUACUUGAGAAAAUCAUAGUCUAAAAAUAAAACAUACAAACAUCGUUAAGUACUAGUAUUAGUAAUAUCAAAAAGAAUUUGAAAUAGAGGUGGAUUGUCAAAGAAAAUUUUGUAGCCACAAUAAAUUAACACAUAAUAUUAUAUAUAUAUAUUUUUUUUGUUAUAUUUUUUUUUUAUAUUUCGACACAUGAUUAAAACUAUUAGGACGCUAUUUGACUUUUUUUCCUUAUUCUUUCACUGAUAUGUGUUAAAUUUAUUAAAUAUCAAAAAGUGGCGCCAUCUUACCGGGCAUUGGCUAAAGGUUGUGGCGCCAUCGCUCGAAACGAUGCCGCCAUACCUUUGGCCUUUGAUCUAUUCGACAGCGACACAUUUUAAUAUUUAACAAAUUUAAUACAUAUCAGUGAAAGAAUAAGGAUCAAAGUCAGGUGGCGUUUUAAAAGUUUCAAUCAUGUGUCGAAAGAUGGCAGUAAAUUUACUGUGGCUACAAAAUUUUCCUUGAAAAUCCACCUCUAUUUCAAAUUCUCUUUGGUAAUAUUUAUUUCUAUACUCAACUUCUUUCACUACUUAACUUUCUUCAGUAUUCCGUUUAAUAUAUCUAUUUUCAACCUUAUAAGUAUGAGAAUAAAGUUUCAAAUCGUGCCUAGUUAGGCUAUAAUUUUCCGAAUUUGACGCCCUAACGACCGCUUCAGACAUUUUCAUACUCUGAUGCCAAAUAUUAGUUACAAAAACUAAUAUAUAGAGUUAAACCUGCUAAUAGUCCCAACAUCUAACAUCACCUUACAGUUGGACGAAAGCAGUCAAUGAGAGUCGACGCUCAGAAGUAAGAUAAAAUGUGGAUAUGGUUAUAGGUGUGCCUGAUGAAUAUAGGAUUGGGAACGGGAAAUAUUGAUACUGAUUUUUAAUUAAAAACUAUUUUAGAACCAUUACUGACUUAACAUGGUUUCUAAAGUUUCUAAUUUAGCCAAAUCUGCCCUUAUCAGUUUUUGGGCAUUUUAAUGACCCUUAAAACGCCAAGAACGCUUAAAAGCGUUAUAAUUAAUUAAGCCCAUCGCGCAUAUAAGCGUUUACAUAUGGGACCGGUGUCAAAUUAACUUUCAUGAUAUGACAAGAAUAUAGGCUAAAAAGUUUUUCGAAUGCAACAGUAGCGACAUCUAUAUUAAAACACCUGAAUUAUGUCAUUAUUUUCUGUUCUCUUUCCGGGCCUGUGUACCAAGUGCCUCGCUGAGGUGUGUAUAUACUAGCUUACGUAGUUGAAUGUGUGCCUCCGAGUGUUUAUACAUCCAUAGUAUUAGGCGGUUCACAUUGGUGUGCGAGCGGGACAUCGCUAUAUACGUGCUGUCACGCUCACGCCGGUGCGGCGUGCGAUGCAUCAGUGUUAUAACUGCGUUACCACAGUGUAAAGGUGUCAACAAUAUUUUUUUUUAGAUGUUUUUAUGAUGGUUUAACGUUUGAGAUUGUUAUACUGGAUUACGUUGCUAUUCGAUUGUUUUAAAUUAUGUAAUUUUAGCAAUAGUCAAUUUUAGCAUUUUUUUUACGAAAUAUGUGUCAAGUAAACUUUUUUAUUCGCGCUUUAUUCCAAUAGUCAUUGCUAUUUUAUUUUUAUUUUUUAAUUGGUGCAAUCUAAUCCAGUAAAAGCAACAUUGUCCAAGUAAAAAACUGGUGUCGACAAAAAUACUGUGUUUGCCGAAAGUUGCAAUUGUUCAGUUUAAUUUUUUGACAGAUAUAUGAAAUUCAGAAGACUUGAAAGGCUCAAAAGUCUUGGCUAGAAUUAAUACAUUUAGUUAAUAUUGAACUGAUAGAUUUUAGCUGUCGGUAUUGGCGCAGUAUUUCGCAGGGUAUCCACAGUUGCAUUGCAAAGUCGACUUUACUCCGUGCUAAUAAAGAUGAAUUUUAAACAACAUGGCGCCUGUGGUCCUUCGUGGUCCCGAAAGGAAGCCCGGUUACUAGUCUGUGUACAGUGUUAUGCAAUUGUGUUAGAUUCUUAUAUUUUAUUAUCCGCGUGUAGCGGCCGCCACAUUGAAACGAUAACAUACAUGUGGUCGGACAUGAGGUUUUUCUGUUUUUCGAACGAAUAAAUCUUUAUCGCCUUAACAAAAACAUAUGAAAUUUAGUAAGGAUUUUGGGAAACUGUUCAGAACUAUCCCUCCCAUCCUCCCAUCACAAGUUAUCAUCGAAAAACAGAAUUCUCAUGUCCAACCUCAAGUAUGGCGCCAUACUAGAGUGGGCUGCUGCAUUAAGUAUAUUUUAUUAAGCCUUUACAAGCUACUCUUGCGCGCACGACACUUUUUAUAUUUAUUUUAAUUUGGACUUUAAAUUAAUCUAGUGUCGCGCGCUCAUGACGCUAUUGUAACAUCGACGGUUAAUGAAAUAAAGAUUAUAAUUGUAUAGCUAAACUAUUUUAAUUUGAAUCUUCGUAGCGAAUAUUGUAAAUAUGGUUUGAUAGAUUACGGCCGCCCGUGCGGACAUAGCAAUACUUAGCUAGCUAGGAUGUGUUCAAACUUUACAAGAUUAUUUUUAAUAUUUUAUCGCUUUACUAUUUAUUAACUAGGACUUAUUAUUUAUUAAGUUUUAACUAAUAGUUACUACGGAGCUGUAUCUUCUAAUUGGUUACGAAAUACCUCAACUCGUGUAAAUGUACGGUUGUUUGAAUCACAAGUUUAUUUUAAGCGUGAAGGUGAACAUUAAAGGGCUGCUAUGUACUUUGAAUAGGUAUCCAAUAACUGUGUAUAGAGUAACGAGUAACAGUAUUAAUAAAUUAGGUGAGUGUUACGUGUGGUCACAGUGUGGAAAUUGUAUUUAAAAGUUAAAUCGUAGCUAACUUCGGCAACGUACUAAAUAUUUUGCCACGCAUUUUGGAACGCACCCUUAUUUUUGCCGCGGUUUUUUGACAAGUAUCGUUUUUACUUCUUUUUUAGUUCUCGCGAGUUGCAAUUCUAAACAACCUUCCAAAAAAACCGUUUGCAAAAAUACCAAGUGCGUUAAUUCAUUUCAUGAAAAAAUACUAUGAAUAUUUCGUAUUCAGAUAGUGUAAUCAAAAAUAUUUAAGUGGCUAACUUUGGGCAUCAUGUAACAUUGUAAUUGACUAAAACAAUUGGACAUUGAAAUAUAAAUAAUUGAAAUGUAUAUAAAGUAUAAUUAAAAAUAUGUUUUCAGUUAUUCGAUAUUGGUAUUGCCAGAAUAUUCAUUACUCUUGUUACCUGUAUUGGUAUUUCUAUUUUACUUCUAACGCUCUUUUUCUGUGUCAAUUUCUGUGUAGAUAUGCAUCUAGUCAACUGGAGCAAAACUAAUACCGAAUAACUGGGCUGUGUCUUAUAGAUAAAAUAGUUGGAAUCUACAAAAUAAAAACUAAAAAAGUUGUUUCAUGUUAGGCAUUUUGACAAUAGCCAGUUUUUAUAUUUGUAGAUAUUUCGACUGGUAUCGUAAAACGCGGUCGGGGUGGGGUAGCGAGAGCGAGACAGCGAUAUGCCCGCGUCUCUAUAUCAUACAUACACAUCAUUGUUUCAUUAUCAAUGAAAUAUAAUUAAACGACUACAUAAAGUUUUAUAUGCGACUACGUUUACAAAAUGGUUAUUUAGUUAUUUGUUAGUGUAUAGCUUUUCGAUGUAGCUACAUUUUUGUAUAAAGCUCGUUCGUUAGUAGGAAAUGCGAAACGGUUUUUCUAAAACCGUUGCUUUAUUUCCUGUUUAGCAUAGCGCGGUUAGUGUACAGUGUAUACUGGCCGUUAGUAGUUCGCGUCCGUGAGAGCCGACAAUUUAAAAAAAAAACGGCUCCGUCAAACGUCCAUUGACCCCUUUGUUCCGAUUGCUCCUAAAGUGCCAACGUUCGACAGACGGUCGCGGGCUAACAAUAAAUAGAAUAAUAUGGCGGCUCUAAAAAGUACCUAACUCUACUUCGUUUUUAAAUUUCGUAGAUUUUUUUGUUAUUUCUAAUAAUAUGGUCGACUGGUAGAGAAUGCCUUAAAGCGUUAAGUCCGCCAUUUGUACUCUUAUUUUUUGUAAAUUUGUGCAAUAAAGUUUAAAUAAAUCAUAAGAAUGUGUUAAAAAUUCAAAACGCUAUUCUCUCUUAUAACCACCGAAAGAGGCAAUUUUAAUAACAAAUAUAUUUACAAAAUGUGAGGCAAGGUAUGUUUUAGAGCAGUCAAAAUCCUGUCCACAUUCCACCGAGCUGUCGAACAAUAUUCCAAGUCCCAGUGGCUCGCUAGUUCGCUACCAAAGAAUAAAGUUACCUUCACGUUAAGGUUAUUGUAUAAUAGGUUUUUAGUUAAUUCCAUUGUAUAUAAUUUUACAUAGUUUGCAUAGCUUCGUUGACGACAUAUAUCGCAUCGUAGCUCCGUGUACCCGUGCCCUGCUUACAUUCCAAGCUUUCUGUGUUGCCGCUUUCAUAGACCAUAGACAAGUCUAUAAUUUUUUAAUCUCCAUACAAAGUCACACCACAACUUAGUGGUCUUUGAGACAGCGCAAAGCUUCGAAACAAAAUUCUUAUUAAGUGGCGACCUCUACAAGAUGGGGUAAGCGAUUUUGUAUAGAGAUUAACAGUUUUACAUGUCUCUGUCUAGACGCAGGGCGGGGGGAAUGUAACGGUGAUUAUUUUGACCAAUGUAAUCAGAAUACUGUGUAACCUUUGUAAAAAUAUUUAUCAAAUGUGCGAACGACGUACGUUAUGCAUAAUGAUAAGAGGUAAAUACAAUUUACACGAUACAA